UCUCCCGUUCGCCGAGAACGCGAGAACAGCCGACCAGCCGGAGCGGCACGUGCGAGUCCGCAUAUGGGUAACGGCAGUCGCACGUGCGAAUCAUCCAGCGCUGUAAGUAGAGGGGGCGAGGCAUGAAAAAGAAACCGAUCUAGGGUUUCUUGGAGGUCGAAUCCCACAGAUCUCCAUCCCGGAUCCAGGGCCUUCCGACCUCCCCAGGUUUCAGGUCAGAAACGCGUUAGUGAUUGAGUUUCUUGGGUUUUGGAGGGCGAGAAUUGGGAUUAGAUUUAGGUUAGGAUUCGGUUCGUUGACGUGCGUCAAUCGCUGGUCUCGUUUUCGUGGUUGACGCUGGAUAUCGGAGGCGGUCCCAUGUGAUUUGCGGACCGGACUGCAUUUAAGCUGGGAGGAUAUAUAUUGCUGAUCCAUCUCUGAAUUGUUCAAGGCAGUUUGUGAACUUUGUCUGUCUUCAAUUUCUUCAUAGAGAUCCAAUUUUUGCUCUUGCUUCAUUCGUUGCUUGCAAAUUCCUUUUGUUGCUGUCCAGUCUGAGUUGCUGAUAUGAAGACUCAUGAACGUGCUGCAAAUCUUGCUCUUCUAGGUUUAACCUUUGCACCACUUGUCCUGAAGGUAGAUCCCAAUUUGAAUGUAAUUUUAACAGCAUGCCUAACUGUUUAUGUGGGUUGCUUUCGGUCAGUCAAACCAACACCACCAUCAGAAACAAUGUCAAAUGAGCAUGCCAUGCGCUUUCCUCUUGUUGGGAGUGCAAUGCUCCUAUCAUUGUUUCUACUCUUCAAAUUCUUCUCAAAAGAUUUGGUGAACGCUGUUCUUACAUGUUACUUCUUUGUCCUUGGGAUCAUCGCUUUUUCGGCAACAUUGUUACCUUCAAUUAAGCGUUUUCUUCCAAAACAUUGGAAUGAAGACCUCAUCGUUUGGCGUGCUCCAUACUUUCACUCUGCUUCAGUGGAGUUCACCAGGUCUCAGAUUGUUGCCUCAAUUCCAGGAACCUUGUUCUGUGUGUGGUAUGCUUCGCAAAAGCAUUGGCUCGCUAACAAUAUUUUGGGUAUUGCAUUCUGCAUUCAGGGAAUUGAAAUGCUGUCAUUGGGCUCAUUUAAAACUGGUGCCAUUCUAUUGGCUGGACUGUUUGUAUAUGAUAUCUUUUGGGUGUUCUUUACUCCUGUGAUGGUUAGUGUUGCUAAAUCUUUUGAUGCUCCCAUAAAGCUUCUAUUCCCAACUUCUGAUUUGGCACGGCCUUUUUCCAUGCUUGGCCUUGGGGAUAUUGUGAUUCCUGGGAUUUUUGUAGCAUUAGCAUUGCGCUUUGAUGUAUCAAGAGGAAAACAAAUUCGCUAUUUUAAUAGUGCAUUUUUUGGAUACACACUUGGCUUGGUCCUUACUAUUUUUGUGAUGAACUGGUUUCAAGCUGCACAGCCUGCUCUUCUAUACAUAGUACCUGGUGUUGUUGGAUCUGUGGCUGUUCACUGCCUGUGGAAUGGGGAAGUAAAACCGCUUCUAGAGUAUGAUGAAUCAAAGCCAGCAUCAGCCAGCGGUUCAUCACAAGAUGGAGAUGAUAAACUCAACAAGAAAGUGGAAUAGUGGCUAAUGGAUCGGAUUGCAGAACCUUUCUGAUAUAUGACAGAUGCCAUUACUAACUCUACCAAACUGAUGGUUGCAAGAAUCGCUCCCAAUAGCUUUUGGAAUCACAAAGUUUUUAUAAAAUACAAUAAAUCUUUUAUAGCUUAUAAAUCCAGUGCCUUACUUUAGAGAUUUAUCAGUAUCUUUUUUCUUUGUGGAUGUCGUUUUCUUCCAUGUCUCUUUCUACUGCCAUUUUCCGUUUUGUUUCCUGGAAGUAUGAGCCCUGAGCUUGGCACAUCA